CACAGAGGUGUGGAGCUUUUAACUUUUCACAAGGUGGGGAAGAGAGACGCACAGGAAGGGAGUUAACCAUCUCCGUCACAGCUACUCACCUGGAUAGGGAAGGGAUAGUGUGUGGGUGUGUGUGUGUGUGUGUGCGCGUGCGUGCGUGUGUUUAUAUGUGUGUGUGUGAGAGAGUGCAGAAGCUAAAGGAGGGAUCAAGUCACAGCACACACAGUCACACUCAGUCAGUUGCUCUGAGUCUCACUCUUAAAUCUCUCUGCAACACACAGUAAAAGACAGACACACACACACUCGACUCAGCUGAGUUUAGGGGCAAAGAAGUCAAUAUUUGACCAGACUGGACUGUAAAGGAAGGAAGAAACAAAAGACAGAAGAGAAAAACUAGGUCCGUCCUUUUUUUGGGGGAACUUUGAACUUUUGCACGUGAGGACUUGAGGAUUUUGUUUUUUACAACACAGGUGGAUACAAACUUUUUCCCAACCCGUGGGUGACAGAAAACAAAAAGGAUUUAGUGUUUUUCUUAUUUAUUGUUGGACUUUUGGACCUGGACUGGGCGAGAACGCAGUAAGAGGAAGGAGAUGGGGAGAUGGACGUUACAUCUCUCAGUGGGGCUUGGGCUUCUAGCCGUCCUGCUGACUUGCUGUUAUGCUGAAGAGAACUACUGCUUCGCUUCCAGGUCUAAGACCUGCUCAGAAUGCCUGCAGGCUGGGAAAGGCUGUGCUUACUGCCCUGAUGAGACCUUUAAUGGCCCUCGCUGUGACCUGCAUGAAAAUAUACUCGCCCAUGGCUGCAGUGCUGCGGCUGUUAUUACUGCUAAAAGUAGUAUGAUGAUGGAAAGACAGAAACAGAUUGAUGUCUCACUCCAGCAGUCUCAAGUGUCUCCGCAGCAGAUGAGCAUGACUUUUCUGCCUGGAGAGGAAAAGGAGGUGGAUGUGGAGGUGUUUGCUCCGACCAAAGGACCUCUGGACCUUUACAUUCUUAUGGACUUCUCUAACUCCAUGGAAGACGAUUUAGACAACUUGAAGAGGAUGGGGAAUAAGCUGGCUUCAUUGGUGGGGACGCUGUCAAAUAACUACACCAUUGGCUUUGGAAAGUUUGUGGACAAAGUGAUCGAGCCCCAGACUGACAUGAGACCCUCCAAACUUGCUCAACCGUGGCCCAACAGCGACCCUCCAUUCUCUUUCAAAAAUGUCAUCAAGCUGACCAACGACGUGGACGACUUCACUCGUCGGCUCCAGAGUGAGAAAAUAUCUGGCAACUUGGACGCUCCUGAAGGAGGGUUUGAUGCCAUACUGCAGGCUGGAGUCUGUGGGGAUAAGAUUGGAUGGCGCGACCUCAGCACACAUCUUCUGGUUUUCUCCACCGAGUCUGCCUUCCACUACGAGGCUGACGGCGCCAACGUACUGUCAGGCAUCCUGCGGCGGAACGAUGAGCAGUGCCACCUGGACGCAACGGGGAGCUACACAGAGGAUGUCACACAGGAUUACCCCUCAGUGCCCACACUGGUCCGUGUGCUUGGCAAACACAACAUCAUUCCCAUAUUUGCUGUCACCAACCACUCCUACACAUACUACGAGAAACUCCAUAAGUAUUUCCCCAUUGCUGAGGUUGGUCUGCUGCAAGAGGACUCAGCCAAUAUCCUGCAAAUCAUGGAGAGUGCCUUCAAGAAUAUCCGUUCUAAGAUGAGCAUCCAUGCACAGGACAAACCCAAGGCUUUUCAGACUCAGUUCUUGUCCACCAGUGGACAGGUUAAAGAAUAUGGAGCCUUUAAUUUCAAACCUGGAGAAAUAGGCAAGUUCAGGAUGCGGCUCAAAGCCCAGCGCAUGAUCGGUGACGAUCCUGUCUGUCAGAGGAAUCUUGAUGAAAAAGAGGGGAUAAUGAAAGUCAAACCUACAACCUUUAACGCCGCCGUAAAUAUUAAUGCCUCGAUUUUGUGUCCAACCUGCAACUGUGAAAAGACCUCCAUCCCUCAAGCACCUAGAUGCCACGGCAACGGAGCCCUGGUGUGCGGGAAGUGUCAGUGCUAUGAUGGCUGGCAGGGUACAUUCUGUAACUGCUCAGCUACUUCUACAGCUCUGGACACCAGCCAUUGUAUAGGUCCAGGCAUGACGGAGGCUUGUUCAGGCCGCGGAGACUGCAUGGCGUGUGGAACCUGUGUGUGCUACAACCCAGAUCAAUUUGAAGGACCCUACUGUCAGUACAGCAAGACUCAGUGUCAAAGAUUCGGAGGCCUCCUCUGCAAUGACCGUGGCUCUUGUGUUAUGGGCCAGUGUUCAUGUGCUGAGGGCUGGACGGGCAAAGCCUGUGAGUGUCCCAAGAGCAACCAAACCUGUCUGGACAGCAAGGGGGGUGUCUGCAACGGGCGAGGUACAUGUGUAUGUGGCCGCUGUGAGUGUCCGACCUCUGUAAUUGAGAUGACUUCAGCCUGUGAGCCAAAUUUCCAGGCCCAGUUGGGCGUUUGUGAGGCUACAAGGAGCUGUGCUCAGUGUUGGGCUUGGAAGACAGGAGAGAAGAAGGACAAAAAGGAGUGUGACAAGUGUCCCUUCAACUUCGUCAUGGUGGAUGAACUUAAAGAACGGGAAAAGGUGCUUGAUUCAUGCAGUUUCCGUGAUGAGGAAGACGACUGCACGUAUUACUACACUGUCGAAAACUCGAAGGAUCUGAAUGUUAAAGACUUGGAAAUUCAGGUCCUUGAGAAAAAAGACUGCCCCCCUGCUAGCCUCCUGUGGUUGCUCCCUCUCCUCUUGUUCCUCUUGUUACUGCUGGCACUUCUGCUGCUCUGCUGCUGGAAAUACUGUGCCUGCUGCAAAACCUGCUGGCAGAGCUGUCUUGCCCUGCUGCCUUGCUGUAGAAAAGGUCGCAUGGUUGGCUUCAAGGAAGAUGAGUAUCUGCUCCGUCAGUCUCUGCUCACCUCAGACCAUCUGGACACUCCGCUGGUGAGGACUGGCCCACCCAAAGGCACUGAUGUUGUUCGCUGGACGGUCACGGAUAAUGUGCACCGAGCACCCAAUCACCCCCAGGCUUUGAUAAAGCCCAACCCUAAAGAGACCAUCCAGUUCCCGGUCUCUCUCCGGCUUAAUAGGUUGUUCUCUGAGAAUCUCUCUCGCCCUGAAUCCAGAGAUGCCGAACAGCUCCGCAAGGAAGUAUCUGAUAACCUUAAUGAGGUGUACAAGCAGAUUCCUGGGGCCCAGAAAGUGCAAAAGACCUCAUUUAGAACGCAGAGAAACGCUGGGAAAAGGCAGGACUACGCCAUCAUGGACACUGUCCUGUCUGCUCCACGCAGCAGCUACCCUGAUAUUGUCAAGCUGACAGAGAAAAAUGUCCAGUCUGGAAACUUCCAUGACCUCAAAGUGGUGCCUGGCUACUACACUGUGGCCACAGACAGAGAGGCUGCGGGUGCCGUGGAGUUCCAGGAAGGUGUGGAUUCAGUAGAUGUUCACGUGCCACUCUUCGUCAAGGAUGAAGACGAUGACAAGAAACAGCUGCAGGUGGAGGCCAUGGAUGUGCCACUGGGCAUCGCUGAGAUUGGAAAACGUUUGGUUAACAUCACCAUCAUCAAAGAGCAUGCCGCCAGUGUGUUCUCAUUCCUCCAGCCAGCCUACACCUACAGCAGGCAGGACGGGGUGGCCAACAUCCCAAUCAGCAGAGAGAUCAUUGAGGACGGACGCACACAGGUCAGCUACCGCACACGGGACCUCACAGCCAAGGAUAAGAAGGACUAUGUGACUGUGGAAGGAGACCUGACCUAUGGUCCUGGUGAGACCCAGAAGACAGUUCCUGUUCGCCUGCUGGAGCUGGGUGAGAAAGAUGGCCUCCUGGAGGACAAACAGGUCAAACAGUUUGUCAUGGACCUCAGUAACCCACGGCAGGGUGGCAAGCUGGGACGCUACCCAAGAACUACUGUCACCAUCACAGACCAACCAGAGCCCAGUGUGAUGAUGUUCAAGAAGGGCACCCAGAACUUCAACACAUCUGACCCAUCCUACACUAUCCCUGUGGUCCGUACUCGCAACCAGGACAGUCCUGCCACAGUGAAAUGGCGCACCAAGAAGGCCCAGCGCUUUGAGCUAUCCGGCCCUCUGAAGUUCAGUCCUGGAGAGACAGAAAAGAACAUAGUUAUCGACCCGAGCGCCCACCCUGGUCCAGUCCAACCAGAGACCUUCCAGCUGGAGCUGUUUGAUCCAAGUAGCAAUGCCUCUAUCGGAGAGAGGAAGACAACUCUUGUAAAUAUUAUAGAUGGAGUUCCCACCUCUCCAGAGUUUUUCCCGAUGCAGGAGAAGAGCUACACGAAGAGACUCAAUUCCCCUGGCGGUUACCUUAACUCUCCAGAAAACGUGAAGGCCAAAGCAAGUGGACCCAGAAGCAUUCACGUCAACUGGGACCCGUCGUCCGGUAACCCCAUGGGGUACAAGGUGAAGUAUUGGGUCUAUGGUGAUCAAGAGCAUGAGGCCGAGAUCUUAGAUGUGAAGACUCCUCAAGCUGAGUUGACCAACCUUUACCCUUAUUGUGACUAUGAGAUGCGAGUGUGCGCCUACAAUGCGAUGGGAGAUGGCUACGAUACCGACAUUGUUGAAUGUCAAACUCUGCCAGAUGUGCCUGGUGAACCCGGUCGUCUUGCCUUCAACGUCAUCAACCAAACUGUCACUCAGCUCAGUUGGGCAGAGCCUGCAGAGACCAAUGGCAAUAUCACAGCUUAUGAGGUCGUGUACACUCCCAUCGAUGAUGAAUCGAAGCCAGUGGGUACAGCUAAGAAAGUAAAGAUUGACAACCCGAAGAAGCGAAUGCUGUUGAUUGAGAACCUCCAGAGUGCCCAGACAUACCGCUACGAGGUCCGUGCCAAAAACAGCGUGGGCUGGGGUCCCUACAGAGAUGCCACCAUCAACCUGGCAUCACAGCCUGCCAGACCGCUGUCCAUUCCCAUCAUUCCAGAUAUCCCUAUUGUGGAUGCAGAUGCAGGUGACGAGUAUGACAACUAUCUGAUGUACAGCAAUGAGGUGCUGAAGUCUCCCACAGGCUCCAAGACACCCAGCGUCUCUGGUGAUGAUUACAUGAUGAAUGGAAAGUGGGACCAGAACUUCCUUUUCCCCGGGGGUUCAGUGACACGCAACCUGUCAACAUCGUCCUCUCCUAUGUCCACCCUGAGCUCAAACUACAAAGGGACAGACAGCUCCUUUACCACAGACACAACCACCACCUUCAUGUCUGGAGCAGGAAUCACUAGACAGGAUAUGAUUGUAGGUGGACUAAACAAAACGGAUGUCAUCAUGAGGAAACGUUCAGAGAACAGAUUUUACACAGAUGAAAACAUCCGGGACUCUAUAGUCAUGGGAGAUCUCUCAAGCAAGUUCCCAGACCUAGGUGGUUUCGGCUACACUGGGAUGCAGAGCAGCUCUCAGAGCCAGUUCAGCUACAACCUGUCUCAGGGUUCGAGGGCCAGGACCCAGUCUUCAGAUGUCAACGAAGCCCUAUAUAAUCUGGACAGGGUCCUCCAGGAUGCACGACUCUCUCCAGGUGUCCCAGACACCCCCAGCAGACUGGUGUUUUCUGCUCUGGGUCCCACUGCCCUGAAAGUCAGCUGGCAGGAGCCCCACUGUGAGAAGGACAUCCAGGGUUACUGUGUCAUCUACCAGCUGAUCAAUGGAGGUGAAGUGAAGCGUAUCAAUGUCACCAACCCAGCAGAGAACUCUGUAAUCAUCCAGGACCUCCUGCCCAACCACUCCUACCUAUUUAAGGUGAAGGCUCAGAGCCAAGAGGGCUGGGGUCCAGAGAGAGAGGGAGUCAUCACCAUCGAGUCUGCUGUGGACCCCAAGAGUCCCCUCAGCCCCAUGCCAGGCUCACCGUUCACCCUGAGCACUCCCAGUGCUCCAGGUCCCCUGGUCUUCACAGCCUUGAGCCCUGAUUCACUGCAGCUCAGCUGGGAGAAACCUCGCAAACCCAACGGAGACAUCCUGGGCUACGUAGUCACCUGCGAACAGCUGCAUGGUGGAGGUGAUGUGCGAUCCUUCCAGGUGAACGGCGACAGUGCUGAGACCAGUCUGACCGUCCCAAACCUGACUGAGAACGUUCCCUACAAGUUUAAAGUUCAGGCUCGAACCACUCAGGGUUUUGGUCCUGAGAGGGAGGGCAUCAUCACCAUUGAGUCUCAGGAUGGGAGCGCUUUGUCUCAGUACAACAGCCAAUCAAUGACAAGGAGGGAAGUUUUCCAAAUGCCAACAGAAGUCAACACACGAACCACCGUUUCCCACACCAUGCUCAACGACCCCUUCUUCUCAGAUGGGAUGAUGAUGACCACACAGCACACAGAGACCAGCGGCAUGGUGACCCGGCAGGUCACUAAGGAAGUGGUUCAGAGGAGCGUCAUGGCAGGAAGUACUGUCACAAAGAAGAUGUUAUAUGAAUCUUAAGAUCUGCGCUUAUUUAACUUAACAUAAAUGAACACCCAAAGGUCCAAAUAUGAUGAGGAAUCAUAUCUGAGAUUCUCUUUUAAAAAGAGUCAGCUUCAGAGAACACACACGUGAUCAAUGUAUGUAUUCACACGUAUGUGUGUGUGUGGGUGUGAGAUCCUGUGACCAAAAAAACAUUCCAUAUAAUAAAUAGAUGGAGAGGAGGCCGUUCUCUCAUGCCUGUUACAAACUGUGGCCACUCUCCUCCUUAGAUGAGGUUCAGUUUAACAUUUACAUUCAUUUUCACUGUUGCUUCUUAUGCAUUUCAUUCCAGUUUCUUUCCAGUAUGCAAAUCAUUUACUGUUAGACUCCACUCCCUCUGCCGGAUCAGAUCUGGUAACACACACUGGGGCUUUAAAUCAGGCCAGCACAGGCCAGUAAUCUGACUGAGGUCCAGUAAUCCAAAGUGACCUUCUCCCCUCAUCUCCUGCCCUCCACCUGUCUAUAAGAGAUGUUUUGUCUGUGUUUGAUAUGUUUUGAUUGAAAACCUAUCAGUCUUGUUGAAAUGCUUGUUUGCAGGAGAAAUUGGUUUGGAGAUUGUCUUGGAAGCUUUUAAGGUUCAUCAUUUUCACCCAUGUGGUUUUAUCCUGAGUGAUUGAUUGAGAGUAUUACGUGGUGUAUUUGGGAUUUUUGUUCAUAGAUUUGUAUUAUAUUAAAGUGUGAUAAAGUUUUUUUUCCCAAGCAUAGAUUAAUGUAUUUAAUACUUUUUUUACUUAAGAUUUUUACUUAAGCAUACUGACAUUGAAUUCAAUGCCAAAUAUAGAGGUAUUUCCACAAACACAGGCUCAUGCUUGUGUCGCUCAUUUCUUACUGACAAGGGACAUAAUUAAACAAUACAGACAAAAAAUUAAAAAUCUAUUAGAUGUAACAGUUUUGCAUUUCAAUAGAUGUUUUAUACUCAAAUGUGAUAAACACUGCUUCAAAUUGACACUUUUCAUGUAUUUUUGUACUCUGCAAGGCCGAUUUAUUUUUGAAUUUUGAGUAGAUUAACAUUUGAACAAUAAUAUCUUUGCAGAAAUGGUAUGUAAAGACAGAAAGAUUGUAUUUGCUUCAAUGCAGGAAUAUAGUCAAGUCCUACUGUAUUAUGACUACGUUUUUGUUGAAAACACUUUUGUAAAUCAUAUUUUGAGAGGACUCUUUUUGUGGGGAAAGCCUUAUGUUGAUAAACUUUUCACCAAAAACAGGAUCACUAAAAUAUUCAUGAAUUUUAUCUCAACAUGUAUCACUUAUUUUUAAGCAUUUGACCUUACCUUUUUAUUUUUUAAAGUGUUUUUGUCUUUUCUUGUAUGUCAAUUCUAUUGCACUUAAUAAAGAUUGGAAAUAAA